ACUGCCGAAUGUACCUACAGCUAGUUCUUUUUUUUCAUGCAGAAAUAAUGUCUAGCAGCUUGUUAAAUUGGAAUAUCCAUUUACAAUGCCGGGCAAAGCUGUCAAUUAAGGAAUUUCGUAGCCAAAGUUCCAUGGUAUAUGGCAUUUCCUUCCGAAAUUGUUUGCAAAGUGAUGCUUCAAGAACUUUUAGGUUGUUCUGUUACAAGCAAUGUAACUCUUUCCAAGCCCCUUCUAGUUACUGCAAUGGCACAAAGAGAACUCCAGUCCAUUCGUGCUUGCAAGAGAAUGUUACAAAGUACUUUGACUUUAUAAUUGUUGGAAGUGGUGUUGCCGGAUUGAGGUAUGCUCUUGAAGUUUCAAAACAUGGAUCUGUUGCUAUAAUUACCAAAGCCGAGCCUCAUGAAUGCAACACAAAUUAUGCACAAGGUGGGGUUAGUGCUGUAUUGUGCCCUUCAGAUUCUGUAGAGAGUCAUAUGCAUGACACAAUUGUUGCAGGAGGUUACUUGUGCGAUGAAGAAACAGUAAGGGUUGUUUGCACAGAAGGUCCAGACAGGAUUAAGGAAUUAGUGGCAAUGGGUGCAUCAUUUGAUCAUGGAGAAGAUGGCCAGCUUCAUCUUGCAAAGGAGGGGGGUCAUUCUCAUCACAGGAUAGUUCAUGCUGCUGAUAUGACCGGCAGAGAGAUUGAACGGGCCUUACUAAAAGCUGUGGAUGAUGAUCCUAACAUAUCCACGUUUGAGCACCAUUUUGCCAUAGAUUUACUGACCUCACAGGAUAAUGAAGAAAUAUACUGUCAUGGCGUGGAUACUUUAAACACAGAAAUACAACAGAUAGCACGCUUCAUAGGAAAAGUGACAUUGCUUGCAUCCGGAGGAGCUGGACACAUUUACCCCUUGACCACAAAUCCGCUGGUUACUACAGGAGAUGGGAUUGCUAUGGCACAUCGUGCUCAAGCUGUGAUUUCUAAUAUGGAAUUUGUGCAGUUCCAUCCAACAGCUUUGGCAGAUGAAGGCCUUCCAAUGAAACCAAUGAAGAAGAGGGAUAAUGCUUUUCUAAUCACAGAAGCAGUCAGAGGAGAUGGAGGCAUUCUCUACAACAAGUCCAUGAAAAGAUUCAUGCCUUUGUAUGAUGAACGAGCUGAACUGGCCCCAAGAGAUGUUGUGGCCAGAAGCAUAGAUGACCAGCUAAAGAAACGGGGUGAAAAGUAUGUGUUCCUUGAUAUAAGCCAUAAGUCACGGCAACAAAUUCUUUCACACUUCCCUAACAUUGCUGCAGAGUGCCUCAAAUAUGGGCUUGACAUAACCUCCAUGCCCAUCCCUGUCGUUCCUGCAGCACAUUACAUGUGCGGUGGCGUGCUUGCUGGGCUUCAUGGGCAGACUAACAUAAAGGGCUUGUAUGUAGCCGGUGAGGUUGCCUGCACUGGCUUACACGGCGCAAACCGGCUUGCGAGCAACUCGUUGCUUGAAGCACUUGUCUUUGCAAGAAGAGCAGUCCAGCCUUCAGUAGAGCAUAUGGCGCACCCGACCGUUAACACAAAGCAUUUAGACAUUUGGCCCCAUCCAGUUCUCUCAGAAUCCCUUAAGGAUUGCAUUGUUGAGGAUAUAAAAUUGAGGACUAGACAGAUCCGAGGAGAGUUGCAAUCAGUCAUGUGGGAGUAUGUUGGUAUAGUACGGUCGACGAACCGUCUGAAGAAUGCAGAGUGGAGAAUUGCAGACUUGGAGCUCCAAUGGGAGGAAUUCCUGUUUCGGAGAGGGUGGAAGCCAAUGAUGAUCAAUUCUGAAGCUUGCGAGAUGAGGAAUCUCUUCUGUUGUGCUAAGUUGGUCGUGAGAAGUGCGCUUGCAAGGCAUGAAAGCAGAGGCUUGCAUUUUACGGAGGAUUUUCCAUAUGUGGAGGAGAGUAAGAGGAAGCCAACGAUCAUAUUUCCAACUUCUGCUGCAAAGCUCACCUGGAGCUCGCGGCAAGUUCAUAAGCAAUUGCAGUGCUAAGAAUUGCUGGUUCCUUUUUACACAUUGAAGUCCUGCACAAGCUUGCUGUUGGGUAUUCAAUUGAAGCUACUACUGUAGAAGCAUGGAGGUAAGGAAACACUGCUUUUACAAGUUUGGUUGUGAUUGCAGGAUCCAUUAUGUUGCAACUGUACAUUUUUUUUUUUAAAUUCAGAACUAUGGAAAUAUAUGAUUUUUAUUUUUAUUUCUUCUUCGGUUGAUGGAAUGAUCAUAUCUUUGGUGAAUUA